CCGAGGAGCAGCGAGCAAGUCUUCGCCUCUGCUGAGCUUCAAUAGUCCUGCAGCUCGUGUCGGGAUCGAUCGGAGAGGAACAGAGAGAGAGGGGGAGACAUAGCGGGAGCAUUUCUGCGCUAAAAACAAAGCCGUGCGCCAGUUACGCUACGAGUCCACGCACGGCACGGAUGGUACAAGUUUUUGACGCCCAUCGGCCAAGUCUCCCGAUUCCACGCGCCGAGUUUGGACUCACUGAACGCUGUGAGACUCCAGGGCUUCAUGUACUGGAAAAAUGAAGUUUUGUCCCCUCUUUCUGAGGGAAACAAUAUUCUGUCCGAAGGAAUUCCCACGAAGAAGGUGAUCUCCACCGAGCACCAGAGUGCCACGGGACCUCACCCCUCCAGUGUGGACUCUAAACGCGCUCCAAUGUCUCACUCGGACGGAGAAUCCCAGCGGUCCAACAUGGAGCCGGAGGACACUCGCUCGUCCCCCAGCACUCCGUCCACCCCCUCCGUGUGCUCGCCGAUCUCCACCAGCAGCUCGGUGCCGUCAACCGGGAAGAACGUGUGCGCCAGCUGCGGGCAGGAGAUCGUGGACAGAUACUUGCUGAAGGUGAACAACCUGAUCUGGCACCUGCGCUGUCUGGAGUGUUCCGUCUGCAGGACGUCGCUACGUCAGCACAGCAGCUGCUACAUCAAAAACAAAGAGAUCUUCUGCAAAAUGGAUUAUUUCAGUAGGUUCGGUACUAAGUGUGCCCGCUGUGGGCGGCAGAUAUACGCCAGCGACUGGGUGCGCCGCGCCAGGGGGAACGCGUACCACUUGGCGUGCUUUGCGUGCUACUCGUGCAAGAGGCAGUUGUCCACGGGAGAGGAGUUUGGCUUGGUGGAGGACAAGGUCCUGUGUAGGAUCCACUACGACACCAUGGUGGAGAACCUGAAACGAGCGGCUGAGAGCGGCAAUGGUAUCACGUUAGAAGGGGCAGUGCCAACAGAACAGGACAGUCAGCCCAAACCGUCUAAAAGGGCACGGACAUCGUUCACUGCAGAACAGCUGCAGAUCAUGCAAGCUCAGUUUGCCCAAGAUAACAACCCAGAUGCCCAGACGCUACAGAAACUAGCCGACAUGACGGGCCUCAGCAGGAGAGUUAUACAGGUGUGGUUUCAAAACUGCAGAGCAAGACACAAAAAGCACACGCCUCAGCACAGCGGGGCUCCCCCAGGUCACCCGCAGUCCAGGAUACCCUCGUCGCUGCCUGAUGAGCUGCAUUACUCCCCCUUCGGAAGUCCCGAGCGUGCGCGCAUGGUGGCCCUUCACGGGUACAUCGACAGUCAUCCCUUCUCCAUGCUGACCUCCCAGAGUCUCCCUCACCAGGCCAUGUCGUUGCCCCAGCUUCCCCUAAGCCGCUAGCGCUCCGCCACUACGACCCCACGUGACCCCACGUGACCCCCCCACCCUGCAAACCUCCGGAUCCUCACCUUUCAUCUUCAUCACUGUCUGCAAACCUGACCCGGAGGUCCUGGUCCCAUUGGAGCGCAUGACGUGUCUUUACGGGAGCCCUGCCAAGGAAAGAGCAGUGGAGGAAUGAGGAAAGACUAAGAUGCAUUCGUCAUUCUGUUAUUUUACUUUCUGAGGACAGGAAUAUCCCUGACUGUGUUUUACACCACGUUAAAGGACCCAUUCGGCUUCAUAUGAACAGCUUUGUCCACUCUGCCAAUCCGUCGUCACCGUGACAGAGGAAGUAUGAUGAAACUGACGGCUACAGGAGGGAAGCCCUCAUGAGUGCUCAAGAUAAACAAAGAGGGGAAAACUUAUAAGGGGGGACUGUCAUAUUGGCUCAAAGGCCCGUCGCACGCUGUCGGCCACGUUAGAGGUAAGACUCAUUCUCUCUCAGCAACCAUGAAGGAAACAUGUAAAUGAAAUAAAUUGACUAUUGGAAUAUUUUCUUUUGGAUUGACAAAGUGACCAUACGGCCUCUGAAAGACAGAAACGUCCUUGUUUUAUUCUAGGUCAAAGAUUUCACUGAAAUGUGGUGCAGAUUUAAAUUUUUGUUUUUAAAGAAUGAAAUAUUUUGUGCCUUAUCGUUUCAAUUAUUAAUUACGCUAAAACAGUACAUUUUUUCAGCUGUAAUUUGUCUCUGAACAAAGAUUUGAGUGUUUUUAAGUUUCAUACAAUGUAGAAGGAAUAAUGAAGAUUUUAAAUGGGCCAUCGGUAGAAAAUCAGCAUCUUCAUUAUUAUUCACUCAAUUAUUGCUGUAAUAUUUAAAGCAAAUCAAUAUAGGUAAUCAUGUUACAUGACACAAAGGGAAGUCUUAGAUGAGCAUAUUAGUCAAACUACAAAAUCUGUUGCCAGUUACUCAUAUUUCCAAACAAUUGUAUUGUCAUUAAUUUAUCAUUUCUGAUGUUGCUUGUUCACUCUGUAUGCGUGUUCCUCUCGCACAAAGAGAGAAAUGGAGUGUUGGUGUCUUGGUACAAUAUGGACAAAAUGAAACAGACUGGGGUUGUACAUAGUAAGGUGUGUGUGUGUGUGAGUGUGGGUGUGUGUGUGUGCGUGGCAGGGGUAGAAAGUGUCCAUCUGUAUUUUAGUGCCAUGGCCAUUGUGUGAAGAACAGGAUCCAACAAGACCUCAAUGUCCUUGUAUUUAUUGAGAUGUUAUUUCCCUGUAAAGCACUUUUUUUCCCCCUGAAAUUGUUUUGUUUUGUUAAAAAACACGAAAUGAAAUUCAACAAAAAAGUUUAUUUGAUAGACUGUGCAUCAUAAGUGUUUUGUGUAAUAAAAUGCAAUAAAAUAGAAUGUGAUA